AUGCGCAAGUUUUUUUAGUUACGUAUGCCCGAUAAAGUAAAAAAUAUCCUUUCUUCCUGAGAUGACGUCAUAUCCAGACGUCUGAUCACGUGACAUAGGCGUAAGAGCCAGCAAGCGGCUGAGAAAAUUUUGGCGAUCAUUUUGCGAGGUAGCGUCCUUGAUCGCCACCAUGUCGCAAGCUGUGGAUUCUCUUGGGGUCGCUAGAGAUGGUUCAGAAAACGAAAACUCUUCCACAUUGGUUGCUGUCGGUGAAGCGGAUACUGUAAAAGAUGCAGGGGGUGACUCUUUGUCUAAGGGGAAAUUGCAGAAAACCGCCCCAGCCGGCGAAGAACUCGGCGACAUCGUUGCCGAGAUCACAGAAGGCCAGGGCAAUUCUGAGUUGACCCAGCAAAUUGAACAACAUGGCGUCGAUGCCCAAACUACCCCACUAUUGCAGGAAUCUGCCCAAGAGGAGCAAGAUGCAAGUGAAGAAGCAGAAGCCACUACAACUGUUCAAUUCAUAGCUGUUUCAGCAGAAGAACAUCAACGUAUGGUGAAUUCUGGGGAGUUACCUGUGUCUGUUCAAGGCGCAGAUGUUCACAUGCAAAUUCCUGGUGCUGAAGCACAACAAGUUCGGUUGAUUGCAGUUGACAGCAAUGGGGUCCCUGUCACAGAAACAGCAAUUCUUCAAGCUGCUGCUGAACAAGCAGGAAUUGUAUUUAUUACGAAGGAUGACAAGAACCAGGAUGUACAGAUCACAAUAGAUGAAGCGAUGAAAUUAUCUGAAGGUGGAAGUGGUGCUCGACAUAUAAUUACUGCCACGACUGCAGCAGCUUUACUUGAGCAGCAAAAUAAACCUGCGAAAGGCGAAAAUACACAAAAUUUCAAGGAUGAAGGAGGAAAUGAAUCCGAUGAUGAAAAUGAUGGUCAGUCAUCUAAACCAGCUCUACAAAUCCGUGUGUACAGUCAACGGGAUUCACAACCGAAUGAUGAAAUGGGCUUUGUGUCAUCUGGCACUUCAAAUGUCACUUCUGGUGUGGUUACAGUGAAUGUGCAAGAUGGUUAUACAACUAAUGCAGCUUUGAUUACUGUCCAAACUGGCGAAAUUGCUGAUGAUUCUGUUUAUGAAUUUCAAGAGCCACCAACUGGGAAAGAUGUUGAGGAUUCUACAGAAAAGAUGGCAAUCAUUGAUUCAUCGAUGUUCAAAAAAGCUGGGCCUCGUCGCACAGCGGAUAAGACCAGAGAUCGUCGCAAGAUUUUCCAAUGCAAGGAAUGCGCUUUUUAUAGUCAUCGACACAGUAAUUUAAUCCGUCAUACUAAAAUUCAUACAGAUGAGAGACCUUAUCAAUGCCACCUGUGCGAGCGUGCUUUUCGUACAAAUACAUUGCUCAGGAAUCAUAUCAAUACUCAUACUGGUGUGAAACCAUAUAAAUGUGCUGAACCAGAUUGUGUAAUGGCCUUCGUUACUAGCGGCGAAUUGACGAGACAUAUUCGGUAUCGUCAUACACAUGAAAAACCUUUCAAGUGUACAUUGUGUGAUUAUGCUAGUGUGGAAAUUAGUAAAUUGCGUCGUCACUUCCGAUCACAUACUGGAGAACGCCCAUACUCUUGUGAUGAAUGUGGAAAAGCUUUUGCUGAUAGUUUUCAUCUGAAGCGUCACAGGAUGUCUCACACUGGUGAAAAGCCCUAUGAAUGUCCAGAGUGCAAUCAACGUUUUACCCAACGUGGUAGUGUUAAGAUGCAUAUCAUGCAGCAGCACCUAAAAACCGCCCCUAAAUUUGCUUGUGAAAUUUGCCACACCCUUCUGGGCCGCAAGAGUGAUUUAAAUGUGCAUAUGCGUAAACAACAUGCCUACCAAGCAACACCCAUUCAAUGUAGAUAUUGUGGUGAGUUGUUCCACGAUCGUUGGAGUCUCACGAAGCAUCAGAAAACUCAUAGAAGUUAUGGUGGUGCUCGUCAAAACCAAAAUGGCAACACACAGACUAGAAAAAGACAGUGGACCGAUGAUAAUGCUGAAGGUGAAACUCAAGCUAAAAUUCCAUUGGCUGGUGAGAAACCAAGGACUAGAAGUAGACAAACUGUCACUGUAUUUGUUGAAAAUGAUGAAGAGGAUUCUGGAGAAGAAGAAGAGCAAGGAGAAAUGUUAUUGCUAACAGAACAAGAUCAAGGAGAAGAAUCUUCUUCAAUGGUUAUGAUGUCAGGACAGGACCAAACCACACACAGAGAGAUGCUGGAUAUCGAUUCAGAGCCAGUGCUGAUGAUGCAGACAGAGCCAAAUGAAACCAUUGGGGACAUGUCACCGAUGGUAAUGAGUGGCGAAACUGAUCCAUCUGAUGACCAAGUCACUGCUUUAGUUAUGUCUGGAGAUCUCCAUCAACAAGGAGCGGUGGUGGUUACAAGUGUGUCAGAGGGGGCUGAUAAUCAUGUGACUGCAGUACUCAGCGAAUCAGGAGAAAUUGUUCAUCUUGUUGAUAGCACAAUGGUGCAAAGCUUACAGGAAGCCCAUCAGCAGCAAAUAGAAGAGCAGGGUGAUGAUGAAGAAAAUAAACUUCAAAUUGCAGAUGGGGAAGGAGAUGCAGCCAGCAUAGCUGUAAGUCAGACUCAAGAUUGAUUGUCAAACACUGAAAGAGCUAUGACUGAGAGACAUCUAUUCAGUUUCGCUGCUGCUGCCCAGAUUCUUUUGACUGUUUUAUAUGACUUUUGCGAUUGUCCCUGAUUACUAGGCACAAGUCUCAUAUGAGCUGUGUAACUACUUCAUUGUUGCUCUGUUUUAGGACCUAUAAAGCUGAUAUCUUAUUUGUAAGCUGUGAAGCUCUACUCUACCCCUUCCCCAUUUUCAUAUUGAAGAGUUAUAGGUAAUACUAAUAACAUAACAUUUUAAAACUGGACUUUUAUUCUACAAAUUACUCUUAAUGCAUUAGUCAUGUUGUUUCUCUAUACAUCAGAAACUGUUGUAGAAGUACCAGCAUAUUUAGCAAAUUUUUAGUUUUUGUUGAAUUGAAGUUAUGGUAGUUGAUUUACGUAAAUGCAAAUGUUCAAAUUUACAGUCAAAUAUUGGUAUAGAUUGUGUGCUCAACUGAUGAUAUUCCUCAACAUGAUUGAUUGCUUACCUCAACAUGAUUGAUUGCUUACUUGGCAUGUUACUCUAUGAUAUCAGAAAUUUUGUCAUUAUUAAAUCUAAAAGCUAGUGUAAAGUAACCAUACUUUUCAGUGUAUGAAUAAACUGUUGUAAGAGUCUGUUGUUUUAUAUGUUAAAGGAUUUUUUCAUUUUCAGAUUGCUGCUUAUACCUAAACAAUGAAAUACUCCCAGUUAGUGAAUUUAUCAUUGUAAAUUGUGUUUGGGCCAUGUUGAACUGUUUUUCAAACAGAUCAAGGUUUUUACUGUAAAGCUUUUAUAUUUUAGCAAGCGCUCUUGUGUUUUCCUCUUUGUAUCGUUCAUUAACUAACUGGUUGCUUCUGGUUAAAGUAGUACUGGUUUAGUAUGGUAGUUCUUUUUAAAGUAAAUAAUUCAUGAAAAAUGGUAAUUUUACCAAACUUUCUCCUCAUUCGUUGCUUCUUUAUUGAUAUGUGUAAUCAUCAUUAGGUUUGAAUGAAUAAACUUUGGAGUUAUA